AUGGCUGGAGUUUUUGAUAUCUCAGAUUCUAGGCUAGAAGAGCCACUGCAAGAGUUUCCUCCCCUCAGAAUCAAAGAUAUUCCAGCGAUCCAUACAUGCGAGCUGGAAGCUUUUUAUCAACUAGUGGCAGCAAUGGUCAAUGAAAGUAAGGCCUCCUCGGGGAUCAUUUGGAAUUCCUUUGAAGACCUUGAACAAUCUGCACUAGCCACAAUCCACCAAGACUUUCAUAUCCCUAUCUUCCCUAUAGGCCCAUUUCAUAAAUAUUCACCAACUUCAACUACCUUAUCAAUCCAAGACCAUAGCUCUAUUGCUUGGCUAGACACACAAGCACCCAAUUCUGUGGUCUAUGUGAGCUUUGGGAGCAUUGCAGGAUUGGAUGAAACUGAUUUUAUAGAGAUGGCUUGGGGACUAGCCAACAGUAAACAACCCUUCUUAUGGGUGGUUCGACCUGGGUUCAUCCGUGGCUCAGAAUGGCUUGAACCACUGCCAAGUGGGUUCCUAGAGACCAUUGGUGGAAGGGGACACAUUGUGAAAUGGGCUCCUCAACAUGAAGUGUUGGCUCAUCCUGCUGUUGGAGCAUUUUGUACUCAUAGUGGCUGGAAUUCCACGUUGGAGAGUAUUAGUGAGGGAGUCCCUAUGAUUUGUUUGCCUUGUUUUUCUGACCAAAAAGUGAAUGCGCGGUAUGUAAGCCAAGUUUGGAGAGUUGGGGUGCAAUUGGAGAAUGGCCUGAAAAGAGGGGAAAUAGAAGGGGCAAUCAGAAGACUAAUGGUGGAGAAAUCAGGGCAGGAAAUAAGAGACAGAUGCAUUGCCCUGAAGGAGAAGGCAAAUCUUUGUCUAAAGCAAGGUGGCUCUUCAUACCAAACCCUUGAGGACUUGAUUAGUUACAUCUCAUCCUUUUUCUUCCAGUUUCAAGCAACUUCUUCAUGAUUACUGGAGGGUCUUUUAUAAUUGUUGUAGCGUAUUAUAAGCUGGUCAUUAGCUAGAUUUUCUAUUUUUCCUCAAAUUGUGACUGUUCUGCACCCACAUGGGUUACCAAAAUAAACCACUAAAAUUGUGGAGUUUACAUGCA